GCAUACAACCACCUUCUUACUACCUAUCGAUUGUCAUGGCCAGCUACAAGGAGGGAGACAACGUCGAGUACCGCCCCAUCGGUGGCAGCGGAGAGAACGUCGCGCACUCGACCGGCACCAUCGAGAGCUCUACCCGUUACACCAUCAAGAAUGCCAACACGGGCAAGAGCACGACCUACCAGGAGAUGAACAUUGUCAAGAAAAUCUAGACCGGGUUUCCUGUAUCAUGAC